GCGUAUCGAGGAACCGGUGAAUAAAUCGUGUGUGAAAAAAGUGAAAAAUCUCGCAUUUGCAAACUGUGUAAAAUAUUAAAAAUACUGCAAAUCAAGAUGAGUGACUUUGCCAUGCAUUAUCGGACUAAAAUUGAGCAAAAUAACGCUGGGCCAGUGUCAGAAAAGGCCAGCGAAGACGACGAAGUGAAAAGCAAAAGAAGAGAAAAACAAAAUGUCGUCAAAAGUCAUGGCGAGCAAAAUAAUGCGAGAAAUCAAAACAAGAAUUACGUAACGAUAGGAUACGACUGCUUGUUUGUCGACGACGAUGCGGCAGACGAGGACGAGGUGUUCCAACAAACACGGGCAAAAGUGGAAAAAAAGAGCAAAAAAAUAAAAAUAAAACGAAAUAAAAACGCGAGUGCGCAUGAUUCGGGUCACCACCAAAAACAUCAAGUGUUGUCGGAAAAUUCUGGCACGCAAAAUAACAACAACAACAACGCAGCUGAUUCCUCCGUCAAUGUCGUCGAGUCGUCAUCAGCUGGUGCCAAGCAGUACAAGGAGAGCACGAGCGUCGACAGUGGCAUCGAGUGCGAUUCGACGACAAAUUUCUCCGGACUUUCUGGAAACUUCUUGCAAAGCAUCGACGACACGUUCGGCGACUUUUUGCUCGACAACGAGGACAAUUUCCUCGAUCACGCCUUAGACUAUGUCGCGCCCAAGUUCACGUGUAACCGUUUCGAUAACAUUUUGGCGUUCACGUUGCACGCGAAGAAUGUCGUUGUUGACACGAUCGAGUGCCAAAAACUCGCGGAAAUGGGAGCUGCUCGCAUCAAAUUCUACUCGGCGGCGGCGCAACAACAUUACGCGUUUUUCGUCAAGAUCACACCACCGUUACAUCACUCGUCCGUGCUGGCCCAGCACUUUGGCGAGAACAAUAACACUGCCAUGCUCACAGAUGUCUCAGCGGAAACGUGGGACAACAACGUCGUCUUUCAAAUCGAACUCGAUUCCCUCAUUGCUCGCGACGUCGAAGAAUACUACUGCGGCGUCAGCAAAUACGAUUUGGAGCCGAAACAAUUGACUGCCAAGGUGCUUCAAGGCAUUCCAGAUGCAUCGCCGCACGCCACGCCCCUGCCCGAAGACGAAGGUCUCAGCAUCGAGGUGCAAAACAGCUCCGAAAGCGAAAUUUCCAUCGCCAUCAAAGGCAAGGAGCCCGAAAUCCAAACCGCGCUCGCAGUCGCCGGCAAACGUCGCCACAAAAAGAAGAAAAAUCGCUCAUAUUCCGAGUCGUGCUGCGACGAACUCAAAGUAAUUUCCGAAUCGGAAACGCUCGUCACGUCCUCGGAGCAAAAAGAACCGCCGAAAAAUGGCGCCGCUACCCGCAAAUCUCGCAGCAUCUCCGAAUGCGCCUACACAUCGGAGCAAGAGCCAGAUCACCCGAUCAUCAAGUACAAAAGUAUCCUCAAGCACUCAUCCUUCGACUCGUCAGCCGACGAACUCUUCUACUCCACAUCGUACGACGUGCAAAUGCAUGGCGGCUCUACAGAUCCCGAAAUGUCCGAAAGUUGCAAAAAAUCCGUGCGGUUCAGCGAGCACAUCACACGUCAACUUUUCCGUUCAACGUCGAGCAUUUUGGCGCAAAAGAAGAAAAAUCAACGGAAAAACGAGGCACGUCGUCGUUUGCUCGAACGCAAGAACAGCGAAUGCGAAAGCACGGAAGAAAUCAUUCCGGAGGACGAACCGCACGAGGAGGACGAGGAAGAAAUCGAGGAAGUUGUCACACACAACGAAAUCCAGAAGAAGAGCAAGAAGAACAAGAAACGCGGGCUCGAAACCACGAAAGCCAGCAUGAUCUUCGAUCUCGAAAUUUAGCAUCCACAAAGUAUUCCGCGACUAAAAGACCUCUUCAUGCUACCUCGUUUGCUGCUAAAACGACAAUGAAUGUAUGCAUCGCUCCCAGUUUCACGAGAGACUGGACUAUAUUUACUUAUUUUAUCCACUUAUAUCACUUAUUAAUUAUUAUUAAAAUAUAAUAUCCACGAAAAAAUGAACAAAUGUCGCUCUUAUCGACGACACUUGCUCAAACAAAAAAAAAAUAAUAAUAUUAUAGAUUAAUGAUAAUGCUAGUGAGUAAUCGAUAGUCUGCAACAAAAAAAGUAAAUAUGAUAAAAAAUAUGGGAAAAUGUUUUACACACAUACCUUAUUACCUACACCUAACAAAAAAAAAUUGAUGAAAAAAAAACGGAUUUACACGUCUUAUACACUUUCGAGCACACACACUUGCAGUUUUGUGUGUGUUUGAUUUCCUGAAUUUUUUUGUUUUUUUGAAUAUUUGUAUAGAAAUUUACAUAGAAGUUGAAAAUUUG